UUCUGUCUCAUGAUUCUCAUCCCCUAUAUUUCAUAACUAUCUUGUUCUUUUUUGUUUACUUACAAAAUAGUAAAACUAAAAAAUGGUGAGCAAAAGACAGAUACUAGCUCGGAGACGAUUCAAGGAAGAAAACCCGGGACUGUUUCCGAAACCCGAACCCACACCACCAAAAGAUCCGAACAAAAAGAAGAAGAACAAGAAGAAAAAGAGUGAUUUUAAGCGUAAGAAAUCGGAUUCAAAUGAACCGAAAAGAUCCAGUAAAAAUAGAAAACACCCACUCAGAAUACCCGGAAUGAAACCCGGUGACAGCUGUUUCAUUUGUAAAGCUGAUAAUCAUAUUGCCAAAAAUUGCCCAGAAAAAGCCCAGUGGGAAAAACACAAGAUAUGUUUGUUGUGCCGACAGCGAGGUCACAGUCUGAAGAAUUGUCCCGACAAGAAGGAGGAGAAUGUUGACAAGAAAUUAUGUUAUAAUUGUGGAGAAUUCGGGCAUUCUCUCGCUUUAUGUCCCCAACCUCUUGAAGAUGGGGGAACAAAAUAUGCUACUUGUUUUAUUUGUAAAGCACAAGGACAUUUGAGUAAGGAUUGUCCUAAAAAUACUCAUGGAAUUUAUCCAAAGGGAGGUUGUUGCAAAAUAUGUAGUGGUGUGACACAUUUGGCCAAAGAUUGUCCGAACAAAGGCUUUAGUAGUUCAGACAUAUCUUACGAGGCUGGAAAAAGACCAAGCCGAUUAGAAAGUAUGGCGAGAGGGCAGGUGACCAAGUUUGCGAGUGGCGAUGACCUUGAAGACGACUUCACAACAGUAGAUGAUCGUAAAGAUAAGACUUCCGAGCCGAAAGCUGCUGUGAACGAACCAAAUGUAAAAGCAAAGAAGAAACAGGGAACCAAAGUGGUGAACUUUGUGGGUUAAAGCUUAAACUUCCGAUCCUUCAUAUGGAUGCAAUUUUGAACUAAUUUAGACAUGGUUUUUAUGAUGUUAAAGAGUGUAAAAUAGAUAUUCAAGUAUCAAGAGAUAGUAUAUGGCUGUUAGCAUCUUCAACUUCAUGUGAUGAUUUCCAUCUCUGUUAUGUUAAGACCUCUAUGAACAGGUUAGCUCUUUUAGAGGAAAGUUGGAAAUUGUAGUAUAACCCUCCUUGGGAAUUUGAGUCAUUUUUAUAUA